AGGCAGAGUAGGAUGGUUUCCAUCCAAGUAUGUGGAGAAGGGCAAAAGAGUUCCCACAAAUUAUACCGCAAAUUGAGUUUAUUGAUAUGGUUGGAUCCCCUGAUCUGAUCUGAGAUGCUGAGUUGAUCGAACAAACCCUUAUGGUGUUGAGAUGGAAGAUGGGAAGAAGAAAAGCUUUAAGACUCAAUUACAGAGUUAGCAGUCGUUUCCCUGAAGCGACUGAGGCAGUGGUGUCUAUUGCUCUACAAACCAUUCGUGAUUUGCUAUUGGAAGAGGGAAGUUUUUUAGCUGGUGUUGCCGAUCAAGUCAAGGAGCUCGAGUGGCAGCUUAAAGAGAUGAAGUGUUUCCUCAAAGACGCUGACAACCGACGACAUGAAAGCAGUACCAUCUUCAAUUGGAUCUCCGAGAUCAGAGAUCUUGUCUACAGAUCCGAAUCCGUCAUUGAAAGGCACGCAGCUUAUCAAGUUACCUCCAUUAGAAGAGGACUCGGACAGUUCGUCCGCAAAUAUUCCUGCAUUUUGAAAGACUGCGCCUCACUCCACCAAUUAGGUUCCGAGAUUUCACAAAUCACGUCAAAACUCGAGAAGAUAAGCAAGGAUAUGCAAGAAAUCGGAAUUAAAAGGAGCAUAAUCAUCAAUCCAAAUGGAGAGGGGGAAAGCUCGACUGGAAUUAACAUGUCAAGGAAAACUUUUCCCAAUUUGGAGAUGGGAGAUUGCUUUGUAGGCAUGGAGGAUGAGCUGAAGCAGCUUGUUCAUCACCUAGGAAAAGACACAGAAGAUCGGAUUAUAUCAUUGUGGGGAAUGGGAGGCUCAGGCAAGACUGCCAUUGCCAAGAAGCUUUACAGCGAGACGACCGACUUUGAUCUCUCGGCGUGGGUUUGCAUUACUCAGCAAUGUGACAGUCGAUCAGUUUGGGAGGAUGUUCUGAGGCAGCUAGAGAAUCCAAAGAAGAAGAAGGGUGUUUCAAGUCUUAACGAUGAGCCACGAACAAGGGAGGAGUUUCCAGGUCUGAGCGACUUCGAGUUGAUUGAGAGACUAUGUGAGAUACAAAGAGAGAAGCGAUGUUUCAUUGUUUUGGAUGAUGUUUGGGAACUUUCUCAUUGGGAGGAGUUGAAGCAUCCAUUCAUCAUCCAAAAUUUGCAGAGCAAAAUAUUGGUGACAACACGGAAACAAAAGGUUGCAGAGAUUGGAUUGGCAGUCGAACAUGGGCUCUUACAUAUAGAUGCUGCUUUAGAAUUACUCAAGAACAAAGCAUUUCAGUAUGGAAACAUUCCAGACUUUGCAUUGGAAGAAAGAUUUGGAAAAAUUGGGAAAGAAAUGGUGCAGAAAUGUGGGUAUUUGCCAUUGGCAAUUUCUUUACUUGGUGGGGUAUUGAGAAAGAAAAAUUCAAUUGUUGAGUGGGAAUUAGUAAAGGAGGAUAUCAGAGAAGCCAUAUAUGGAGAUGAAAAGCAGAUCGAUGGAGUGCUAAAUUUAAACUAUGAAAGUCUACCCUAUUAUUUGAAGCCUUGCUUUCUCUAUAUGGGUAUUUUCAACGAGGACGAAACCAUACUUACUUUGGAUCUGUAUAAGAUGUGGAUAGCACAAGGCAUGAUUUCAUAUGAGAAUAUUGGAGACAAGGAGGAAUCUUUAAUUGACAUCGCUGAGCUGUACUUAAGUGAGUUAGCCUCCAGGUCCAUUGUUCAAGUUGACAUUUUUUAUGAUUAUGAUGCAGCAAGUAGAAAUUUAAAAUAUAAGACAGUCAAACUUCAUGAUGUAGUACGAGAAAUAUGCUUGAAAUUGGGAAAAAGGGAGCAUUUUGGUGUGCAGAGUUUGGAGUAUAAAGGUGGGAAGCUUAGUACCUUACUACGGGAAGCUUCGUCGCAUAUGAAGAUACAACAUCUGGCAGUACGUUUCAGAAAUGAAGUCGAGCAUGAGCAUAUAGUUGCUUGUGGAGAAGAUACUAGGGAGCAUAUAAGGUCUGUUCGAUUAUUCAAUCCCAUAGGAUCGAAUGUUGUUGAGUUCCCCCCACGAAGUAUAGUUGAUUUUCAGAAAUUCAAAUUGUUGAGAGAUCUAGUUUUCGUGAGAUUCAAAUUUGCAGGAGGAAAGUUACCAAGAGGAAUCACUAAACUUGUUCACCUUAGAUGUUUGCGUUUAGAACAAUGUGAACUUGAUGAUCUACCGUCAUCCAUGAGGAAUUUGGUAUACAUGGAUACCCUUGAUUUACGGGGAUCAAUGAAUGUUGAAGUUCCAAAUGUUUUUACGGCGAUGUUGCGAUUAAAACACUUGCUUUUUCCUAUGUAUGGAAAUGAAAAUAUUAGAAAUUAUCGAGUAACGUUGGAUGAGGGAGUAUAUGAUUUGGAGACUCUGGCAUUCUUUGAUAGUAGAUGUCAUGAACUUAAAUGUAUGGGCAGAAUGAAGAAUCUUCGACUUUUUUUGGCAAGAAUACACGAUAAUGAAAGCUUGUCAGCUAUCAUGAAUGGCAUUAUGAACUGCAACAAGAUGGGGGAUUGCCGUGUUUAUAUUGAAGGAAGUUGCGACUUAACAAGUGAGGGAAUGCUGGAGAAGGCUUUGACAUGUCCCAAUCUUUAUGAUUUGAGUAUCUGGUCGAAGUUAGGGAAGGCGCUAGCAAAGUGCGGGAGUGAUUUGUUGAGCUCGAAACUUAGGUGUUUGGAUAUUUUCAAUUCCGAGAUUGAGGAUGACCCAAUGGGGAUACUGGGAGAGCUUCCUUGCUUGGUAACAUUGCAAUUAGGUUCAGAAUCAUUUGUUGGGGAGGAGAUGACAUGUCCAGCAAACAGUUUUCUUCGCCUAAAGAGGCUAACAUUAGGAGGUUUACCAAAGUUGAGGGAGUGGAGAGUGGAGGCAGGAGCUAUGCCCCUUCUCUCUAAAUUAAAAAUCAAAGAUUGUUCUUCUCUAGAGAUGCUUCCAGGUGGAUUCAGGGGCAUUUCUACCCUUCAGAUUCUCGUAAUUAAACGAAUGCCAAAAUUGAGAGAAAGGGUAUCACCAUCAGGACAGGAUUUCCACAAAGUCCGCCAUGUCCCUUCAAUUAUCAUCGAGGACUAGCCUUCACCCAGUAUUCAUAAGAAGAGAAGUCAUUGCUGGUUUACAGGUUGAAUUACUGAUCAUCACUGCCACUUUUGGUGCUCAAAGAAAACAUUUUACGUGUCACUAAAGGGUUACAUUCCUUGGUGGCUUCAGAGAAACAAAGGAAGGAGGUGGCUCCACUUGUGACUCCUCUGAUUCACACUUAAGUUAAAACCAAGUACUUUCUGGCUGAGUGGGUGCGUCUUCGGUCCACUUCUAUCGCAGUGGUGAAGUCGUUUGAUACAAGCGCGGUAUCUUUCGGGUGAAUCCGUCCGGGUAGUCAAUGUAAAGGCAGAGCAGGAUGGUUUCCAUCCGAGUACGUGGAAAAGUGCCAAAGAGUCCCCACAAAUUAUACCGCAAAUUAAGUUUAUUGAUUGAGUGGGUACAUGAUUGAGAUUUGGUUCAAUCCCCUGAUCUGAUCUGGGAUGCUGAGUUGAUUCAUUUCUGCUGUAAAAAUUACGUGUUCUUCACAACUCUGACGCUCGUGUAGGAAAUAAUAGUUGCCUCAAAUUCAAAUUCUUAAUUUGUAGUAGUAAUUGAUGGUUUUAGAGAUGACCUUCGAAACUUA